AUGGCCCGCAUGGCCAAUCUUACCGGGCAUACUGCUGAUGCUGUCCUGUACGAACGUCUGGCCUUGGAGAUCCGUAAUGCUUUCAACGCCGCCUUCUAUAACACUGCCAUCGGUCGUUACACCAGCUUUGGCAAUAAUUCCACUGUCAACGCCACGCAGACUGCACAGGCUCUCGCCUUGGACGCAGGUCUUGUGCCUGAAGAGCAUCGACAGCAAGUUUUGGACGCGCUGGUUGAGCUCACGUAUGAGUAUCCUUCGCAAGACGGACAUGGACCACAUCUGAGCGGCGGAACCAUCGGAAUGGGACCAAUAGUACGAACCCUCUCGGCUGGGGGCCGUGAUGACAUACUUUGGGAAGCUCUACAGCAGAAUGACCAGCCCAGCUACGGCUUCUUCUUGGCCUCGACCACACAGAAUUCACAAGGUCUCACGACGAUGCCCGAGCGUUGGAACAUCGAAGAUUCGAGGAACCACAUGAUUGUUGCCCAGAUCGAAGAGUGGUUCCACGCUGGCAUUGCUGGCAUACAACCUACUGCCCUUACAACUGUCAGCAAGUCAUAG